AUGGAUCUGCUGAAGUGGAAGCGGCAGAGCUCGGCUCCGUCGCUGCCAGGUCUGGCUGCUCUCGACACGCCGACGACCACAAACUCCAGUCCCGCCGGCAGCUCACCAGCAAGCUCAAUAAAUGAAAACAGGAACAGCAGCUUCUUCACCACAGUAAAACGGAGUCUCAGCCGAGCAUCCACGGCGCCCCUCUUAGAGUUGGAAGAUGCCCCAACUCUAGGGUCACCGGGGCGAAAGGUCCUACACAAGCAGAGAGGGUCGUUCUCCUCCUUCGACAGCAUGCAACGGCGGAGCUCGAUCACGUCUUCAGGGGCCAGCCGGAUAUCCAGAACAUACUCGAUGUCAUUCUCCUCCUCCUCACGGUCUUCGACCAUCGGCAUCGACUGGAAGACAGCCAUUGAUUGGAAGACACAACAAGUCGAAGCCCACUGCGCCCUCGAGGCUGACCCCCAAGUCCUCCGCAGCAAGCCCACGUACCUGGUCGUCACGCAGGACUACAUCGUGAAGAUGAAGACCAAGAACGAGGCCCUCACGACGUUCCCUCAGAUAAGCUCCGGGCCCGGCAAGGAGAAUACCAGCCUGGUGCCCCCGCCGGAGCCGAUGCUGGUCAUCCCGGUGCACAUGGUCGUGUCCGUGUUCCUGGCCGAGAGCUCACGGCCGUCGUUCGGGAUCGAGAUAUGGUGGAAGUCCAGCUCCGCCAGGGCCGCAUACAACAGCACGCAGAUAUUCUUCUGCCUCCCCAAGGAGCGUUCAGACCACAUGACGAAGAUCUCCCAGCAGCUCAAGGCCAAGAACCAGGAGUUCCCGGAGGCAUCACUCGUCCCGCUCGAGGUGGAAGCACACAUCGUCAAGGUCUUUGCGGAGGAGGAGCCCGGCUUCAAGACGUGCAAGCCCGAGAUAUUCCCUGUGGUCAGAAGGACGUCCGUCAAGGACGACGUCCACUCCAGCAAGCUAGACAGGACGCGGAAGGUCCAAGAUGGCUCGUCUUGGUUCCUCGCUGUGGGGAGAAACCUCUGUUAUCUUGUCGAGGCCGGGCCGGGCUCGGCGCUGGACGUGAGGUACCAGUCUUUCGGCUUGGUGAACCUAGAGAUCUUCCGGGCGAACUGGACCAUUCACGAGGAGCGAUUCGUUCUAAGCUUUCGUGAACCCUUUAAGCCAGCGGCGACACUCGAGUUGGCCAGCAGGUAUUAUCGCCAAAUUGUCAUCACCUUUAUGAAAGCAGACAGGUUUCUGAAGCCAUGCUGGCCUACGACUCUGCAGACUAUGGAAGUUUUCAGGGUCACAGGGCUUGCGGACCCGCAGCUUCUCAUCGCUGGAGACAAUUAUGGAGGUCUCAGGCGGACCUUGGACGCAUUUCUCGUCGCUUACCACUGCUCGCCAGUAGAGUGGGAGAUCAACUGGAAAACUGCACUUGCGCCUGAGUUCCGACUGCUCCCGCCCAAGGCUGGAAAUACAUAUACCAACCUGCAACUCUUGGCAGUCAUGAGGUCUCUGCGAUACAACGGAUACUUCAACUCGAUAUCCUUUAAUGGUGUCGAUCUCACUGGCUUAUGGGACAAGACUGACCUCCAAGGAAAGCCGUCUGUCCCAUACAUGAACCGCAGUUGUAUCGCCCUCACCGAAGUCGAACUCGGCCCUGUCAAGUUCGGCUCACUUCUGCAUCAGGAGCUGCAUGGCCUGGCAUUUUGCUCCGAGACUGUCCGCCAGAUAGAUUUCACCAACUGCUUCCCCGAGAACUCUGUUCGCAGGGAAAUGUCAGCGUCCGGCAAAUGGCCCGCCUUCUUGUUCCCCAUACUGAACCUGCUGGAGCUGGGCCUGACAAAAUGCAACCGUCUGCUGCUGAGUGGCAACUACCUGCGCUCAGCAGAUGUCGAGGGCUUGAUCGAGGCACUGAUGACCCAGUCCGUUGAGAUACAAAGUCUUGAUAUCUCAAACUGCGGUCUGUCUGAUCUUGCACUGCGGGAUAUCUUUGAGGUUUUGUUCCACCAGGGACACUCCUUACAAUACUUGGACGUGUCCGGCAACCGCGGCCGGUUGCACGCUUCGGUGCUGGCCAAUAUGUUUCAGGUCAUCUUUGACCUCCGGAAGCUCAACGUCUCUGGCAUCCUGAUGGGUGACAUCCCCGGUCCGCUGUUCUCCUUCGAGACAUCUCGCGUUUCGAGAAUCUCGAGGAGCUGGACCUGUCCAAGUUCAAGGCAAAUGAACGAUGCAACUCUGCACGCCCUGGAGGCAUUCCUCGCGCAGAAGCCGCUCCCGUGCGAGCCAGAGCAGUACGACCGCGCCGACUCGCGCAACAAGAGUCCCGUCAACCCGGCGUGCACUAUCCGUAAAAUUGCGCUCAACAACUGCAGCAUCAACGGCCGAGAGGCGGCCCGCCUCAUCCGAGCGCUUGGCAAGCACACCAACGCGCACCUGCACAUCAGCGGCAACCCGCUCGAGGACGGGAUCGAGGACCUGUGCCGGGCCAUAUCAUCGACACCGGGGCCAGCGGGCCUGCACAUGGACAUGAUCGAGUUCAGGGACGAGGCGAGCUUCGUGGCCCUAAUGAAGGCGCUGUCGGUGAGCCGGAACAUCUCAUUCCUGAGUCUGGCAGGGACGGCACCCAUACCGCCAGCCGAUGCGCCGUGUGGCGCCGAUGUGUGCGAGGCGCUGGAGGGUUUCUUCGCCAAGAACAGCAGCGUGAGAUUCCUGGACCUCUCCGGGUACAGCGGCAAGCUCGACGAGGGCCAGCUGGGCAAGGGGUUCGCCCGUGCCCUGAGGGGCCUGGCGUCCAACAGCACGCUGACGCACCUGAGGAUCCGCAACCAGAACCUGCACGACGACGUCGGCACGCUGGGCAGCGUGAUCCGGCUGAACAGCACGCUGAGGAUGGUGGACUGCCAGGACAACAGCUGGAACCUGACGAGCAUCCAGUUUCUGGCCAAGAGCCUCAAGCUCAACAGGAGCGUGGUGGAGUUCCCCUUCGAGCAGAGGGAGUACGACCGCGUCUGGCGGCGCGUGGCGGCCGACGUCAGGAGGCAGAGUGGGAUCAGCAAGGCGGCCAUGGCCGCGCAGAACGGCCAGGAGAACGCCCUGCGCGGCGCGCUCGACAAGCAGGUCCAGGAGCUCAAGGAGACGGUGCAGCGCAACCGCCUCGCCCUAGAGCUCAACUCGCCCUUCGUCAUCGACCACGAAGAAUCAUCCCACGCGGGCGGCGGGAGGGGUUGGCCCAGCCUCGAGCUCAAGAUCCCCAGCACCAACCAGUCGCGCCUACCGCCACACCUGACCGCCGCCAACCAGCAGCUUCUGCAGCCCGCGGCGACGGUGACGCCCAGCCCGGCGCGCCUGCUGGACCUGGACCUCGACGCGGACCUCAUGAGCACCCCCGUCGACCCGGAGAAGCAGCAGGUCCGCAGGGCGAUGCACCUGCACACGGUGCCUGCGACGGUGCGCUACGACGCCGUCGAGGUGGACCUCGACGUCGCUGCGCCCUACCACGUCGGCAGCGACGAGGGCAUUCUCGAGACGCCCCCCGGCGGCCUCAGCCCCAACGAGGGAAGCGCUGGUGCCGCCAGCCCCGAAGCCCCCGUGAGCCCACGCACGCCGCCGCCGCAGGCGGUGAUGAUGUCGCUUUUGCCGGACGCAGGCAAGGACUCGAGGACGCCGCCACCGCCUCCUGGUGGGCCCGGCCUGGCUAUCUCGGGGAACUCGCCCAGGGCGGUCGUGCCCGGGUUUGAUGUCGGGCCUUACUUUGGGGGCCAGAACUUUGUCGGUAGCAGGUUCAAGGUUGUCGGUGGGCUGGAAGCUCACAUGGAGGAGUAA